AUGUCGGGUUUCGUGAAAAUCGCCAUCGAUGACUACUAUUCGGACAGCAAUUGGACCACAAUAAUCAAUAAAUAUUGGAUGCUAGCUGAGAGAGUAUCAGAUCCACGAGUCCAGGGAUGGUUCCUCUUCGACACUCCACUACCAACGCUCGCGAUGGUUGUGGCUUAUCUCGGUUUCGUUAUGGUCGUGGGUCCCCUUUGGAUGGCCAACAAGAAGCCUUUCAGGAUACAGAAUACACUUGUGGCGUACAAUGCAGGACAAGUUUUGCUGUCUUUAUACAUGUUUUACGAGCACUUAGCAUCCGGCUGGUGGGGAGAUUACAGCCUCGCCUGUCAACCAGUUGACUAUAGUGACAGUGAAAAAGCCAGGCGGAUGCUCCAACUAUGCUGGGUGUACUACUUCUCGAAGCUAUCAGAGUUCGCCGACACAAUAUUCUUCGUGCUGCGGAAAAAGAAGAGUCAGAUUACGUGGCUUCAUCUCUACCACCACUCGCUAACGCCAUUUGAGGCAUGGCUUCUAGUCAAGUUUAUUGCUGGUGGCCAUGGAACAUUCUCAAACAUCGUUAACAAUUUGGUGCACGUGAUAAUGUAUAGCUACUAUAUGAUGGCCGCCAUGGGUCCUCAAUAUCAGAAAUAUCUCUGGUGGAAGAAACAUUUAACAACCCUGCAACUAGUACAAUUCUUUAUGGUACUUUUCCACUCUAUGAGUGCCUUAGUUUAUGACUGCGGAUAUCCCAAGCUCAUCGCAUCAGGCCUGAUUCUUCAUUCAACAAUAUUCAUCGUUCUCUUUACGAACUUCUACAUUCAAGCGUAUAAGAAGGAUAAAACAAAGCCAGCUGCCGUGAACAACAACAACAAAGGAGAAGGAGCAACUACCAACGAUACAAAAACCGGUGAACACGGACAUAUGAAAAUAAACGGUCACCUCACUUGUAAUGGUCAUUCCACAGUCAAUGGACUUAUCGCAGCUAACGGUCACGUUUUAGCCAACGGACAUACGAGUGUAGUGACAAAAGUACCACUCAAUGAAGAAGCUCAUCACGGAAUGAACGGUCAUAUCAGAAAUGGCUUCACCAAUGGCCAUAUUGGGAGAGAUACACAUACAGAAAAAGAAAAAUUGCAAUAG